GCCGGAGGGGCUGUCAUGCGGGGCGCAGGUCUCCGCCCUCAGCUGCGCCCGGCGGUUCCGGCUCCACCCUCGGCCGCCGCCUCAGCCCCACCAUGGUGCUGGAGUCGGUGGUCGCGGACCUGCUGAACCGCUUCCUGGGCGACUAUGUGGAGAACCUGAACAAAUCGCAGCUGAAGCUGGGGAUCUGGGGCGGUGAUGUGGCUUUAGAUAAUCUACAGAUAAAAGAAAAUGCUCUGAGUGAAUUGGAUGUUCCUUUUAAAGUCAAGGCUGGCCAAAUUGAUAAACUAACUUUGAAGAUUCCUUGGAAGAACCUUUAUGGAGAAGCAGUUGUUGCGACCCUAGAGGGAUUAUACCUGCUUGUUGUCCCUGGAGCAAGUAUUAAAUAUGAUGCUGAAAAAGAAGAAAAAUCCUUGCAAGAUAUUAAACAGAAAGAGCUAUCCCGAAUUGAAGAAGCCCUUCAAAAAGCAGCAGAGAAAGAUAAACCAAAAGAAGCCAAAAAGGAUACAUUUUUGGAAAAAUUGGCAACUCAAGUAAUUAAAAAUAUACAAGUAAAAAUCACAGACAUUCACAUUAAAUAUGAAGAUGAUGUCACUGAUCCAAAGCAGCCUCUUUCAUUUGGUGUCACACUGGGAGAACUUAGCCUAUUGACUGCAAAUAAACAGUGGACUCCGUGCAUAUUAAAUGAAGCAGAAAAAAUUAUAUACAAGCUUAUACGACUUGACAGUCUCAGUGCCUACUGGAACGUGAACUGCAGCGUGUCUUACCGGAGAUCAAGGGAACAGAUCUUGGAUCAGCUGAAAAGUGAAAUUCUUACAAGUAGCAAAAUACCCCCAAACCAUCAAUAUAUUUUCCAGCCAAUAUCAGCCUCUGCAAAACUCUACAUGAAUCCUUAUGCAGAAACAGAGCUCAAAACACCCAAACUUGAUUGGAACAUAGAAGUACAAAAUAUUGCCAUUGAACUGACUAAACCUCAGUACUUAAGUAUGAUUGACCUUUUGGAGUCAGUGGAUUAUAUGGUUAGAAAUGCUCCUUACAGGAAAUAUAAACCUUAUUUACCGCUUCAUACCAAUGGUCGACAAUGGUGGAAGUAUGCAAUUGAUUCUGUCCUUGAAGUUCAUAUAAGAAGGUAUACACAGAUGUGGUCAUGGAGUAACAUAAAAAAACACAGACAGUUGCUCAAGAGUUAUAAAAAUGCCUACAAAAACAAACUAACCCAGACUAAAAUCUCAGAAGAAAUACAGAAACAAAUUCAGGAUUUAGAGAAGACUUUAGAUGUUUUUAACAUAAUUUUAGCAAGGCAACAAGCACAAGUUGAGGUGAUUCGAUCAGGGCAAAAAUUAAGGAAAAAGUCUGCUGACACAGGCGAGAAACGUGGAGGCUGGUUUAGUGGGUUUUGGGGUAAGAAGGAAUCUAGGAAAAAGGAUGAAGAAUCUUUGAUUCCUGAAACUAUUGAUGACCUUAUGACUCCAGAGGAAAAAGAUAAGCUCUUCACUGCUAUUGGUUAUAGUGAGAGCACCCACGACCUAACUUUACCCAAGCAGUAUGUUGCACAUAUAAUGACACUGAAGUUAGUAAGCACCUCUGUUACAAUAAGAGAGAACAAAAAUAUUCCAGAAAUACUAAAAAUUCAGAUAAUUGGCCUGGGCACCCAAGUAUCUCAGCGACCAGGAGCACAAGCACUUAAGGUAGAAGCAAAAUUAGAACACUGGUAUAUAACAGGUCUGAGACAGCAGGAUAUUGUACCAUCACUUGUGGCUUCAAUUGGUGAUACUGCAUCAUCCUUGCUUAAAAUUGAAUUUGAAACCAAUCCAGAGAAUAGUACUGCUGACCAGACUCUGAUUGUUCAGUCUCAGCCUGUGGAAGUCAUCUAUGAUGCUAAAACCAUCAAUGCAGUGGUUGAAUUCUUUCAGUCAGAUAAGGGAUUAGAUCUUGAGCAAAUAAAAUCAGCUACAUUGAUGAAGCUGGAAGAAAUUAAAGAGAGAACAGCUACAGGACUUACACAUAUUAUUGAAACACGAAAAGUCCUUGAUUUAAGGAUAAAUCUGAAGCCUUCUUAUCUAAUAGUUCCACAGACAGGUUUUCACCACAAAAAGUCAAAUCUUCUCAUUUUAGAUUUUGGUACAUUUCAGCUUAAUAGUAAAGAUCAAGGUUUGCAGAAGACUAGUAAUUCAUCUCUGGAAGAAAUAAUGGAUAAAGCAUAUGACAAGUUUGAUGUUGAAAUAAAAAGUGUGCAACUACUUUUUGCAAGAGCAGAGGAAAACUGGAAAAAGUGUCGAUUUCAGCAUCCAUCAACUAUGCAUAUAUUGCAACCCAUGGAUAUUCAUGUUGAGUUGUCCAAGGCAAUGGUAGAAAAAGACAUUAGAAUGGCCAGAUUUAAAGUAUCAGGAGGGCUUCCUUUGAUGCAUGUGAGAAUUUCUGACAAGAAGAUGAGAGAUGUGCUAUGUUUGAUUAACAGCAUACCCUUGCCACAGAUAUCAUCAGCACCGUCUCCAGAGAGACAGGUGUCCUCAAUUCCUAUUAUUUCAGAUAGGACUAAAGGCCUACUUGGCACUUCACUGUUGCUAGAUGGAGUGGAAUCAGAGUCUGAUGAUGAAUAUUUUGAUGCUGAAGAUGGAGACACCCAGCCGGGUAAAAGUAAGAAAGGAUCUGAACUAAAAAAAGCUGCAGAGGCACCAAAUGAGGAGCUCAUUAAUCUUCUACUAAAGUUUGAAAUUAAAGAGGUGGUUUUGGAAUUUACGAAACAAGAGAAAGAAGAAAAUACAAUUCUAGUGUUUAAUGUUACUCAGUUAGGAACAGAGGCUACAGUGAGAACAUUUGAUUUAACUGCUGUAUCUUAUUUAAAGAAAAUCAGCUUGGAUUACCAUGAAAUUCAAGGAUCCAAAAAGAAGCCCCUUCACUUGAUUAGCUCUUCUGACAAACCUGGAUUAGAUCUCUUAAAAGUGGAGUAUAUUAAGGCUGAUAAGAAUGGACCUAGUUUCCAAACUACUUUUGAAAAAACUGAACAAACAUUUAAGGUGGCUUUUUCAUCUUUAAAUCUGUUGAUGCAGACACAAGCUCUUCUCUCUUCUAUUAAUUACCUGACAACCAUUAUUCCAUCAGAUGGCCAAAACAUAGGUGAUACUAAGGAAGUACAAAUUUCAACUGAAAAUCAACAAAAAAAUUCGGCUCUGCAGAAAGUGAUUGUACCCUCUAAAGAUAGUGACAUUAUUGACUUCAGGCUAUUUGCCAAGUUGAAUGCUUUCUGUGUCAUCAUUUGCGAUGAGAAGAACAAUAUUGCUGAAAUCAAGAUUCAAGGCCUCGAUUCCUCUCUUUCUCUUCAGUCGAGAAAACAGUCACUAUUUGCCAGACUGGAAAAUAUUGUUGUCACAGAUAUUGAUCCUAAUACAGUUCAUAAAAAAGCCGUGUCAAUAAUGGGAAAUGAAGUUUUUCGUUUUAACUUGGAUUUGUAUCCACAUGCUACUGAGGGGGAUGCCUAUACUGACAUGUCCAAAGUGGAUGGUGUGGUAUCACUGAACGUUGGCUGCAUUCAGAUUGUCUAUCUUCAUAAAUUCCUCAUGUCACUUCUGAACUUCCUGAACAAUUUCCAGACAGCCAAAGAGGCCCUGAGUGCUGCCACUGCCCAGGCUGCAGAAAAGGCUGCCACAAGUGUGAAAGAUCUUGCCCAGAGGAGUUUUCGUGUUUCUAUCAAUAUUGAUUUGAAAGCACCAGUUAUAGUCAUCCCGCAGUCUUCCAUUUCCACCAAUGCAGUCGUGGUAGAUCUUGGAUUAAUCAGAGUUCAAAAUCAGUUCAGUCUGGUGUCUGGCGAAGACUACUUAAACCCUCCAGUAAUUGAUAGAAUGGAUGUGCAGCUAACAAAGCUUAAGCUUUCUAGGACAGUGAUCCAGCCAGGCAUCUCCCAUCCUGAUAUUCAGCUAUUGUACCCAAUUAACUUGGAGUUUUCUGUAAAUCGGAAUCUAGCUUCCUCUUGGUACCACAAGGUACCUGUUGUGGAAAUUAAAGGACAUCUUGAGUCAAUGAAUGUUAGUCUAAAUCAAGAAGAUCUUAACCUUUUGUUUAGAAUACUAGCAGAAAAUCUUGGUGAGGCUACUGAAGACUUGAAUAAAGUGAAACCAGGAAUACAAAAGACAGGUGAACCUAAAGAGCCACUUGAAACCUCUGUGUCACAACAAGAUGUACGUGCUUUACAAAGUACUUUAACAGCUGGAGUGAAAGAAAUUAAAUCUGUAGACAUCAUUAAUAUGGUCCUCAAUUUUGAAAUCAAAGAGGUUAUGAUUACUUUGAUGAAAAAAGCAGAAAAGAAAGGAAGGCCUAUACAUGAACUAAAUGUCCUGCAGCUUGGAAUGGAAGCUAGAGUUAAAACUUAUGACCUGACUGCUCAAGCUUAUCUAAAAAAAAUUAGCAUGCGAUGCUUUGAGUUUGCUGACUCUAAAGGAGAACCUCUUCACAUUAUUAACUCUUCUAAUGUAACUGAUGAACCCCUUCUGAAAAUGCUGUUGACAAAGGCAGACAGCGAUGGACCAGAAUUUAAAACCAUUCAUGAAAAUACCAAACAGAGACUAAAGGUUUCAUUUUCAUCCUUAGACUUAGUACUUCAUUUGGAAGCUUUACUCUCCUUCAUGGAUUUUGUAUCAUCUGCUAUUCCAUCCUCUGAACCUUCCUAUUCUGAGAAGGAAUCUGAGCUGAAACCAAUUAUGGGGGAGUCCAGAAGUAUUGUUGUCAAAGCUGUAUCCAGCAGCACUUCUCAAGAUGAUGUGUUUGAUUUAAAGAUCAUAGCUGAAUUGAAUGCAUUUAAUGUCUUUGUCUGUGAUCAGAAGUGUAACAUUGCAGAUAUUAGAAUACACGGAAUGGAUGCCUCUAUUUCUGUGAAGCCAAAGCAGACUGACAUGUUUGCCAGACUUAAGGAUAUCAUAGUUACAAAUGUUGAUUUGCUGUCUAUUCACAAAAAGGCUGUCUCUAUUUUGGGAGAUGAAGUCUUUAGGUUCCAAAUGACUCUUUUUCCAGAUGCUACAGAAGGAAAGGCCUAUGCUGAUAUGUCUAAAGUAGAUGGCAAACUUAGUCUCAAAGUGGGUUGUAUUCAAAUUGUUUAUGUUCAUAAAUUCUUCAUGUCUCUUUUGAACUUCCUCAACAAUUUCCAAACUGCCAAAGAAGCUUUGAGCGCAGCCACAGUCCAGGCUGCAGAAAGAGCUGCUUCCAGCAUGAAAGACUUGGCUCAAAAGAGUUUCCGCCUUUUGAUGGAUAUCAAUUUGAAAGCACCAGUUAUUAUCAUCCCUCAGUCUUCAGUGUCACCUAAUGCUGUUAUAGCAGAUCUGGGUUUAAUCAGAGUUGAAAACAAAUUUAGCUUAGUUUCUGUAGGACAUUAUUCUAUUCCCCCAGUCAUUGACAAAAUGAACAUCCAGCUCACUCAGUUGAAGCUGUCCAGAACUAUUUUGCAGGCUGGCUUGCCACAGCAUGACAUUGAAAUUUUAAAACCAGUCAAUAUGCUUUUGUCCAUUCAGCGAAAUUUAGCAGCAACAUGGUAUACGCAAAUUCCAGGGAUGGAGAUCAAAGGAAAACUGAAACCUAUGCAGGUUGCUCUCAGUGAAGAUGACUUAACAGUUUUAAUGAAAAUUUUGCUGGAAAAUCUUGGAGAAGCUUCUUCACAGCCAAGCCCUACGCAGUCUACCCAGGAGGCUGUAAGAGUAAGAAAAGAUGUUUCGAGUGGACCUGACCACCUCAAAGCACAAGAAGAUUUGCCAGACUCAGAGCUUUCUGUAGACCAGAAUGUUACUCUGCAAUUUGACUUUCACUUUGAAUCUCUUUCCAUUGUCCUUUAUAACAAUGAUGUCAACCAGGAAUCCAAACUUGCAUUUCAUAAUGACAACUUCCGGCUUGGAGAACUCAGACUACAUCUUAUGGCCUCCGCAGGGAAGAUGUUUAAGGAUGGCUCAAUGAAUGUUAGCAUUAAACUUAAGACAUGCACCCUUGAUGAUCUCAGAGAAGGCAUUGAGAGAGCAACAUCAAGAAUGAUUGAUAGGAAGAAUGACCAAGAUAACAACAGUUCUAUGAUCGAUAUAAGUUACAAACAAGGCAAAAAUGGAAGUCAUAUUGAUGCUGUUCUUGACAAGCUGUAUAUAUGUGCCAGUGUGGAAUUUCUGAUGACUGUGGCAGAUUUCUUUAUCAAAGCUGUGUCUCAGAGUCCAGAAAAUAUGGCAAAAGAAGCACAGAUUCCACUACGACAGACUGCCACAGCAAAACUCAGGAUAGACAAAGAUGACUCUUUAAAGCCAAAUAUGACUUUAAAGGCCAUGAUUACAGAUCCGGAAGUGGUGUUUGUUGCCAGCCUGACAAAGGCUGAUGCUCCUGCUCUGACAGCCUCAUUCCAGUGUGACCUCUCUCUGUCAACAUCCAAACUUGAACAGAUGAUGGAAGCUUCUGUGAGAGAUCUUAAAGUGCUCGCUUGCCCUUUUCUCAGAGAAAAGAGGGGAAAAAACAUUACCACAGUCUUACAGCCCUGUUCUUUAUUUAUGGAAAAAUGUACAUGGGCUUCAGGAAAACAAAAUAUAAAUAUUAUUGUUGAAGAAUUUAUAAUUAAGAUUUCACCCAUAAUUCUUAAUACUGUGAUGACAAUCAUGGCUGCUCUGUCUCCAAAGACAAAGGAAGAUGAAUCCAAAGAUACAUCUAAGGAAACAGAAAAUCUUUGGGGUGUAAAAUCUAUUAGUGAUUAUAAUUCUUGGUUUCUUGGUGUCGAUACGGCAACAGAAAUAACAGAAAAUUUCAAAGACAUUGACCGUCCAUUCAUAGAAGAAAAUUGUGCUGUUGUUGUAGAGUCAGUUCAAGUUACCUUAGAAUGUGGCCUUGGGCAUCGAACUGUACCUUUAUUAUUGGCAGAAUCUAAAUUUUCAGGAAAUAUUAAAAAUUGGACUUCUCUGAUGAGUGCUGCUGCUGACAUGACACUAGAGGUUCACUAUUACAAUGAGGUCCAUGCUGUUUGGGAGCCACUGAUUGAGAGAGUGGAGGGGAAGAAACAAUGGAAUUUAAGGCUUGAUGUAAAGAAGAACCCAGUCCAGGAUAAAAGUUUGAUGCCAGGAGAUGAUUUUGGUUUUAUUCCUGAGCCACAAACAGCAGUUCAUAUUUCUUCAGGAGAUACAAUGAAUAUAACAAUAUCCAAAAGUUGUCUUAAUGUUUUCAACAAUUUAGCAAAGGGUUUUUCAGAGGGCACUGCUUCUACUUUUGACUACUCUUUAAAAGACAGGGCUCCUUUUACAGUAAAAAAUGCUCUAGGUGUUCCCGUUAAGGUACAGCCCAAUCAUAAUCUCAGAGUAAUGGGCUCCCCUGAGAAAAGUGGUAUUUAUGAUGUUGAUGCUGGUCAGAAUUUGGAAUUGGAAUAUGCCAGCGUGGAACCUUCACGUCAAGGAAAACUAUCUAUAUUGAACCGUCAAGAAAGCUCCUUCUUCACUCUGACCAUUGUACCUCAUGGAUAUACAGAAGUUGGGAAAAUCCCUGUUGCCAGACCUGGGCGGCAAUUGUAUAAUGUCCGGAAUCCCAAUGCUACUCAUUCUGACUCAGUCUUGGUACAAAUUGAUGCAACUGAAGGGAAUAAAGUAAUCACCAUCCGCUCUCCUCUUCAGAUUAAAAACCAUUUCUCUGUUGCAUUCAUCAUUUAUAAAUUUGUUAAGAAUGUUAAGCUGUUGGAGCGCAUUGGAGUAGCCAGACCUGAAGAGGAGUUCCAUGUUCCUUUAGAUUCAUAUAGAUGUCAACUGUUUAUUCAGCCGGCUGGCAUCUUAGAGAAUCACUACAAAGAAUCCACCACUUAUAUUUCCUGGAAGGAAGAACUUCACAGGAGCAGAGAAGUCAGAUGCAUGCUGCAGUGUCCAUCAGUAGAAAUCAGCUUCUUACCUCUCAUGGUCAAUACGGUUGCUCUGCCUGAUGAAUUAACCUAUAUAAGUACACAUGGGGAAGACUGGGAUCCAGCUUACAUUAUUCAUCUUUAUCCUACUCUCACUUUGAGGAAUCUUCUCCCAUAUUCUCUAAGAUAUUUACUUGAGGGAACAGCAGAAACUCAUGAGCUAGCAGAAGGCAGUGCUGCUGAUGUUCUGCAUUCGAGAAUCAGUGGAGAAAUAAUGGAAUUAGUUCUGAUGAAAUAUCAGGGUAAAAAUUGGAAUGGACAUUUCCGUAUAUGUGACACACUUCCCGAGUUCUUUCUUGUGUGUUUUUCUUCUGACUCUACAGAAGUAAUGACACUCGACCUGUCAGUACAUGUCAGGCGAAUUGGCAGCCGGAUGGUGCUGUCUGUCUUUAGUCCCUAUUGGCUAAUCAACAAGACUUCUCGGGUUCUCCAGUAUCGUUCAGAAGAUAUUCAUGUGAAACAUCCAGCUGAUUUCAGGGAUAUUAUUUUAUUCUCUUUCAAGAAGAAGAACAUUUUUAGUAAAAAUAAGGUACAAUUAAAAAUCUCAACUAGUGCCUGGUCCAGUAGUUUUUCAUUGGAUACAGUGGGAAGUUAUGGGUGUGUGAAGUGUCCUGCCAACAAUAUGGAAUACCUGGUUGGUGUUAGCAUCAAAAUGAGCAGUUUCAAUCUUACUCGAAUAGUUACUCUGACUCCCUUUUGUACCAUUGCAAACAAGUCAUCGUUAGAACUAGAAGUUGGUGAAAUUGCAUCUGAUGGUUCAAUGCCAACUAAUAAGUGGAACUAUAUUGCUUCCUCAGAGUGCCUUCCAUUUUGGCCUGAAAAUUUGUCAGGCAAACUUUGUGUGCGAGUGGUGGGCUGUGAGGGAUCUUCCAAACCAUUCUUUUAUAACCGACAGGAUAAUGGCACUUUACUGAGCUUAGAAGAUCUGAACGGGGGUAUCUUGGUGGAUGUAAACACUGCUGAACAUUCCACUGUCAUAACCUUUUCUGAUUACCAUGAGGGAUCUGCACCUGCUCUGAUAAUGAACCACACACCAUGCGGCAUCCUCACAUAUAAACAGAGUGGGUCACAGGAAGAAGUAGAAUUGCAGCCAAGACAAGCUCGACUUUUUGCCUGGGCAGAUCCUACUGGUACCAGAAAAUUGACAUGGAAAUAUGCAGCAAAUGUUGGGGAACACGAUCUGUUAAAGGAUGAAUGUGGACAGUUUGCAUAUGACGCAAACAUCCAGAUACACUGGGUAUCAUUCCUGGAUGGGCGCCAGAGAGUUUUGCUUUUCACUGAUGAUGUGGCCCUGGUUUCCAAAGCACUGCAAGCAGAAGAAAUGGAGCAGGCCAAUCAUGAGAUAACCUUUUCUCUUCACAGUCUGGGACUUUCACUGGUUAACAAUGAAAACAAGCAGGAAGUUUCAUAUAUUGGCAUAACCAGUUCUGGUGUUAUUUGGGAAAUGAAGCCAAAACGGAAAUGGAAGCCUUUUAGUCAAAAGCAGAUAAUCUUGUUGGAGCAGUCCUAUAAGAAAUAUCAAGAAUCAAGAGGCCAUGGCUGGAUUAAACUAGACAAUAAUUUUGAGGUCAAUUUUGAUAAAGUUCCAAUGGAAAUGCGCCUCCCUUUUCAGUGCCCUAUAAAGCGAGAUUUUUUAUCAGGAAUUCAGAUUGAGUUUAAGCAGUCUCCUCACCAGAGAAGUUUAAGGGCCAGAUUGUAUUGGCUUCAGGUUGAUAAUCAGUUACCAGGUACAAUGUUCCCUGUUUUAUUUCAUCCUGUGGCCCCUCCAAAAUCUAUUGCUUUGGAUUCAGAGCCCAAACCUUUCAUUGAUGUGAGUGUCAUUACAAGAUUUAAUGAGUACAGUAAAGUCUUACAGUUCAAGUAUUUUAUGGUCCUCAUUCAAGAAAUGGCCUUAAAAGUUGAUCAGGGAUUUCUAGGAGCUAUUACUGCACUGUUUACCCCCGCAACAGACCCUGAAGCUGAAAGCAAACGGACAAAGUUAAUCCAGCAAGAUGUUGAUGCUCUAAACACAGAAUUAAUGGAGACCUCAAUGACUGAUAUGUCAGUUCUUAGUUUCUUUGAACAUUUCCAUAUUUCUCCUGUUAAGUUGCAUUUAAGUCUGUCUUUGAGUUCCGGAGGUGAAGAGUCAGACAAAGAAAAACAGGAAAUGAUUGCAAUUCAUUCUGUCAAUCUGCUAUUGAAAAGCAUAGGUGCUACCCUGACUGACGUGGAUGACCUUAUAUUCAAACUUGCUUAUUAUGAAAUUAAGUAUCAGUUUUACAAGAGAGAUCAGCUCAUGUGGAGUGUUUUUAGACACUACACUGAACAGUUCUUGAAACAGAUGUAUGUCCUUGUAUUGGGCUUAGAUGUUCUUGGAAACCCAUUUGGAUUAAUUAGAGGCCUGUCUGAAGGAGUUGAAGCUUUAUUCUAUGAACCCUUCCAGGGUGCUGUUCAAGGCCCUGAAGAAUUUGCUGAGGGGUUAGUGAUUGGAGUGAGAAGUCUCUUUGGACACACAGUAGGUGGUGCAGCAGGAGUGGUAUCUCGAAUCACUGGUUCUGUUGGAAAAGGUUUGGCAGCAAUUACAAUGGAUAAGGAAUAUCAGCAAAAAAGAAGGGAAGAGAUGGGUCGACAGCCUAAAGAUUUUGGAGACAGCCUGGCCAGAGGAGGAAAGGGCUUCUUGCUUGGUGUUGUUGGUGGAGUCACUGGAAUAAUAACAAAACCUGUAGAAGGUGCCAAAAAGGAAGGAGCUGCUGGAUUCUUUAAAGGAAUUGGAAAAGGACUUGUGGGUGCUGUGGCUCGUCCAACUGGUGGAAUCAUAGAUAUGGCCAGCAGCACCUUCCAAGGAAUUCAGAGAGCAGCAGAAUCAACUGAGGAAGUGUCCAGCCUCCGCCCGCCUCGCCUGAUCCAUGAAGACGGCAUCAUUCGCCCAUAUGACAGACAGGAAUCCGAAGGUUGUGAUUUAUUUGAGCAAGAACUGGAAAUACAGGAAUAAAUGUUUCCUAAACUGCUACUUGAUUUCAUCCUUAAAAAUCAAAACAAACUGUGGUAUUAAUUGACUGUCUUUGAUUUAUUUAGAUUGAGAGUCAUUUUAAUGAAAUUUUCUUUACAACUCUCACCUCUAUCUGAACUUUUUAUCAUAGUGGCUUGAUGACAAAUAAAAAUGGUGGUAUUCCCGUUAAUACUGUACAGGAAUAAACGAUCAAUAUAAAAAAUUAAAGGAUGCAGGAAAUCAACUCUCUUCUCCAUUUGGUUGAGAAAGACUUAAUUGAGCUCAAAAGGACACACUUUUGCUAUCACUUUGAAAAUUUUCUCUUUUCUUAUAGUAUUCAUGUGCAUUUCACAAAAAGUUGAAAAAAGAAAAGGACAAUUAUGUCCUAUCUAUUGUGUGUUCUUUAUGUUUCUGAGUCCUAAUGAUGGAAUUACGUAGCUAUGUUUCACAAAUCACCCUAAAUUUAUUCAAGUGAUGAGACUGGAACAAUUAACUUGGGCGUAUGUUUUAAUAAUUGAAGUAUCACUUGCUCUUGGUCUGUCCUUAGACCUCAAGUAAGAAUUGGCACAUGAAUUUUGAGAAUAUGUUCCUUAAUUUCUUUUUUCCUUUUUUAACCUCUUAGUACUCUUGGUAGAUAAUUGGCAGUUGUUUUAUAAUUAUGUACCUUCUCAGCCUUUAGCAUUUAUGCUUUUCAAAAAUUGAAUCUUCUUGUUGAUAUGCUUAUUUCACAAUUAGUAGCUUUAAUUAAUAUAAAUAGAAGUUGAACAUGUAUUUAGGCACAUUACUUAUGUGGCACUUAAUUUAUAGAUAUCUUUAUUUUUAAAGACCAAACUUUUUGCUUUUAAUUCCUUAAAGAGGAUUCAUUAUCUUAAUGAGAACAAAAAUAAAUAUAAAUUAUUUUGAAAUUAAUAUUCCCAUAGUCAAUUUCAAAAUAAGUUAUGUUUUGACUUCUCUUUUUUAAUAAAUGAUAGAGAUGUUCAAUUUGAUUUAGCAGCGUCCUAUCUAGCAACUUUCUUUUUUUCCCCAAAAUUGAAAGCAAAGUAUAAACUUAGAUUUAAUGUGUUAUCCAUUUGAAGAGGAUGAAACUGUUAACAAACUAUUCAAUUGGAUUAUAUAUAUUUUUAAACUAUAGUUAUCAAAAAAUAAAUUGAAUGCUUCAUAUUUAAAACAAGCACUUUAAAGAAGAAAGAAGGACAUCCAAAGACCAGCCUAAAACUGUAGCUGACAAACUUUUCUUGUGCCUAGAUAAUUGAGGGUUGGCAAAAAAGCCACCGCACGUACAGUUUCUGUGAAAAUCAAGCACAAUACCUAAUUCAAGAUGCUGUCUUAAAUCAUCACUAAUAAUUACCCUUCCUUCUUAGGUAAAAGUAAUGAUUUUUAAUUUUCCUGGAUAUAUUGCAAUUUUAAUGAAACUUCACUUUUGGGAAAUCGUAUAACUUGUUAAAAUUUUUUCCUUAUUGUUUACUUUUUUUUUAGCUUUUUAUGUUAUAAACCUUUUUCUUGUGAUUUCCCUUUUUACAACUGCAUGUUCAUAAGCACAAAACUUCAAGAAACUUUAUUUUGGUUAAAUAUAGGUACCUUAUCUGAUUUAUUCGUUUUUGUUAAGAUAUGAGACAGCCCUUUAAACUUUAAUGUGUUAUCACAGUUACUGGAAGAAAUAGAAUGAUUGCACAUUAAUGAGAGAACUUGGUAAUUUUUUUCUGUGUGUGGCAGGGGUAGGCAUGGAUAAUUAAGAAACUUAGGUCUUUUCGUCCCUUGCCUAUCUUAGCUGUAAUCAGUCAGUUGGGUCUGAAAUGUUUUUUGCUUAUCCAGAUAAUGCUGGACAUGCCCAAGAAAUAAGACUUCUGUCCUUAAGGGACCAAGUAUAACAAAAACAUGUAAAUAUUAAAGAGAACUAGGGUUUAAAAUUAUGUCCUGCUAGCCCUUAUUGUAAUAUUGGUGUAUUCUAAAUAAUUUAUUUGGAAAUCUUUUGAUUUACCCCAUUUUCUUUUUUUCCUGAGUAUUGCUCUGUAUUCUUCAACACUAAGCUUUGAAAGUUACUAAAUCAAAUACUGUAUUUUCAUAGGAUAUACUCUUCUGCUUAUCCUUUAUUCUCCUAGGAUAAUUACAGGUUACACACACAUAUAUAUGUGUAUAAACACACAUGUAUAUGAUAUAUAGCCAGUUUUUAUUUAAUAUUCAUCUUGUUUCAUGUAAUUAUGAUCAUAGUAUUUGAAAUGGUGUUCCUUGCUUUUUCAUUUUAAUUAUAUUUUUACAUUUUCAUAGAAAUGCUUUAUUCUUAAUUCUUGCAUUACCAUCCUUUGAGAUAACCUUAUAUCAUGUAUUUGGCCAUUCCCAGUUCUUGACAUUAAAGGUAUUUCUGUUAUUUUACUAGCAGUAAUAAUGCUGUGAUAAAUAUCAUUAUAUGUGUUGCUUUUUUGUAUCUUGUGUUAUUUUCUUAGAAUCUACUUGAAAAAAUUUAAUGCUUUUGCUAAAUAUUGUAAAUUCUUCAAGUUGUAUUUUGGGAAGGGAGAGUGAUUAUUUUAACUAAUCUCGUUUCCUGCUGCCAUCAGUGACUGAAUAUCUUAAUCCAAAUCUCAGAGUAUAGUGGAUUUCUAUAGAAAUAAGGUUUCUAUAGUGUAUUAUGAUGAUGAAUUUUACUUUAAGAGCUUUUAAUUGUUUAAACCGCCAUAGCCUGAUAACUAAUGAAAAUGCGUACAAGAUGGAAAGUGGGUAGUAUGUCUUGUACAUUGCAUCUCAGAUCUAAAUAUUUUACCAUAUUUAAAUUUCAAAGAUGAAAAUAAACGUACUAGGCUAUUAUAUUCAUUUCCUGUUUUCUCUUUAAAGAAAUUAAGGUAUAAAUGUUAAAAGAUUUUAGCUAAUUCACAUAGGCAAGAUGUGAAGCAAGUGACUAUUAAACUCCACCUCUCUGAGACCCAUUCUGAAGAUGAGACCCCAGUUCUUUGGGGAUUCAUCUUUCUUAUUCAUGUCUUUUUGUAAUUGUCAAGGAAUGACUGGGAACCAAGGAUCUUUAAAAAAUGUGUAUUUAAGCAUUGAGAUAAUAAGAAGUGUGCUUUCUCUGCUUGUGAUUAUUGAUUAUAUUAUCUUUUUCAUAAUAGUGGUGUUGUGUUCCUGCUUAUAAAAUGUUAAUGUAUUAUUUAUUAGGUAUGUUUAUGUUCCGUAUUGUCGUAUAUAACUCAUCUUUAAUCGUGCAUUAUGUCAAUAAUAAUAUUCAUAAGCAUUCAUUAUAAAAAAUAACUUUGGGUUUUUAAUGUAUGUUGAUUAAUUCAAGUCACAAUAGUUUUGAGAUAGUUGAGAAAGAAAAGAAAUGUAUUUUAAUGUACUACUAUUUAUACUUGAAUUAUUUUAUGCUUGUAAUUGCCUUUAGCAAUAAAUUGUGCCGUUAAUUUUAAAUUUUAGAAAUUGUUCUUGUUUGUAUUAAUAUUGUCAUUACAUUUUUUUCCUCUCAGGAAUUUAAAUUUGAUACAUACAUGUUUUUCUCAUGUAUGUUUUAUCUAUAAGACCAAAUAUUCAAAAACAUUAAAUAUCAGUUAUCUUGGAAUGUUAUUAUGUGUAUAUCUACCUCUGUGUAAAUCAGUGGUUCUUAACCUUUGAGAAGGAUCACAGACCCCUUCAAAAAAUCUGAUGAAUAAUAUGAACCGUCCUCUGAAAAAAGUUGAAAAGCCACAUUUUCUAAAUUUUAUAUUCUAUGUUAGGUGGUUCAUAGACCUCCCAAAGUCCUUCCCUGGACCCCAGGUUAAGAACCCCUGUAAUGUUAAUGUUGCAGUUUUGUAUUAGCAUGUAUUCAUAUUCCAUUAGUGAAAACGUGUGAUUGUUUCUGGUAGAUACUUUUAAAUUUCUGAGUUCUCACAGAAUGAAAUGCCUUUUACCAGAAGGUCACUUAGUAAUCAUUUGAUAUGUCUGCCUUUAGGGCAGAGCGGGAGUUAAUGUAUGAACAUGCUGUGAAGAUUUUUUCAGUUUCAUGUGCCAGUAUGUAGAAUUGUGCUUUUGUUUCUAAUAAUGUUUUUCCUAACUAGCACUGUUAUUAUAAUUAGCUAAUAUACAGUAUUGGAAAUACUAUUUGGAGGCAUGUACUACCCAAACCUUGA